UAGACUCUGAGCGCCGCUGUUGGCCGAUACGCUGCAGGAGUUGGAGUCCGGGAUCCACCCGGGUGGUUUUCUGCGCAGUCACAGAAGCAAGUCGGAAAGAGAGGAGCCCGGUCUCGGGCUCUCCGCUUGGCAAAUCUGAUUCCGGAAUACGGACUGGGAUGCCUUUAAACUGGGAGCGUUGAGUUUUCUACGCGGUGGAAUAGAUAUUUUAGACGCAAUUUGUAAAGCAUCUUCUCUUAACAUCCGAGACUGCAGCAACGCGGAGAAGGAUGGGAAAUAGGGCGAAGCUGAGGAGCAGUACCUGGCGGCGGCAAGUACUCUUUCCCUUCCUGCUGCCUUUGUUCUGCGGGGCGCUCUCCGAGCAGAUUCUCUAUUCUAUUCCAGAAGAAAUGGCCAGGGGCUCUGUGGUGGGGAACCUCGCUGAGGACCUGGGGCUGCAUGUACAGGAUUUAUUGACCCGCAACCUCAGAAUUAGUGCAGAGAAACAAUACUUUACCAUAGACAAGGAGACCGGGAACUUACUUGUGAGUGACAGAAUAGAUCGGGAGUCGCUCUGCUCCCAAAACCCUCUGUGUGUCUUACCCUUAGAGAUUGUAGCAGAGAAUCCUCUAAAUGUUUUUCACGUAAAUGUGAUGAUAGAUGAUAUAAAUGACAAUCCACCUCAUUUCCCGCAAAACAACAUUGUUUUACAAAUUAAUGAAUUUGUAAUUCCAGGGACUCAGUUUGGGCUGGAAUCCGCUAUAGAUGCAGAUGUAGGGCCUAACUCUCUCCAGAGUUACCAACUCAGCUACAGUGAGCAUUUCUCUCUGAUAGUGAAGGAUAAGACUGAAGGCAAGAAUGCCCCGGAAUUAGUGUUGGAGAAGUCCCUGGACCGGGAACAACAGAGCUCCCAUCUUCUGGUCCUGACAGCAAUGGAUGGGGGUGACCCGGUCCGAACUAGCACCACUCAAAUCAGGAUCAAGGUUACUGACGCCAAUGAUAACCCCCCAGUGUUCAGUCAGAAUGUGUACAAAGUUAGCCUGCGGGAGAACUUGCCCCCAGGCACCUCUGUGCUAAAGGUGACAGCCAUCGACCAGGAUGAGGGCAUCAAUGCAGAGAUCACCUACUCCUUCAAAACACUACGAGAUAUUGGAAACAAGUUUAUGCUAGACCAUCAAAGUGGAGAAAUUAAAUCCAAAGACCCCAUAGACUUUGAAAUCAGUAGCAGUUAUACCAUGAGCAUAGAGGCCAAGGACGGUGGAGGCAUGGCUGCUGAAUGUAAAAUUAUACUAGAAAUUGUAGAUGAGAACGACAACACCCCAGAGGUGGUUUUCACUUCAGUGUCCAGUUCCAUAACCGAGGACGCAGAACCAGGGACGGUGAUAGCUCUGUUCAAAACAUAUGAUCAAGAUUCGGGAGAAAAUGGAGAAGUCACAUGCCUCAUAGAAGAAAAAGUUCCUUUCAGAAUUGUACCUUCCUCCAAUAAUUACUACAAGCUUGUAACAGAUGGGGCCCUGGACAGGGAGCAGACUCCAGAGUACAAUGUCACCAUCACAGCCACCGAU